AUGUUAGUUUUAUUGAAUACCUCACACUUAGAAAAAGCUUCAAAUUGGCGCGGCGUGCGGCAGAAUUCAUCUAGCAAAGAGAAUCACCACGAGGCCAACCCCACAGCCGUACUUAACACCACUCAUAAAGCUGUUCCGCCCCUCCGUAUGCCCCCGCCGACAGCUGGCGGGAUCAACGAGCCGCAAGAGUGUCCGUACUGCCGCCGGACGUUCUCUUGUUACUAUUCCCUGAAACGACACUUCCAAGACAAACACGAGCAGUCAGACACGUUGUACGUGUGCGAGUUUUGCCACCGGAGGUACAGAACGAAGAACUCGCUCACAACGCACAAGAGUCUUCAGCACAGAGGAUCGAGUGGAAUGCUCAAGCGGCUGCUAAAGACGUCAGCACUUCAUAGUGCCCUGGCGCCGUCGCCGCAUCAUCUGUUCGAUCUCGGAAAUGAUCACACGCCGCAGCUUCCACCUGGCCUUCAA